AUGGAGGACGAAGAGGGUUAUAUGACAUUAAACUUUCGUCUGAAGGCGAAAAAAGCAGAACGCUCACGUCAACCUGUGUUCCAAGAUCAUCCUCCGUGUCCCCGCUGGCAUCGGCUUGCUCUGCAGCUGGGACCAGCUGGGAUCUUCGUCCUGGUGGGAGUUGUGAUAAUGAUGGGCAUUUGGGUUUUUCAGCCCAGAGGGUCUCUGAAUUGCCUGGAGAACAACAGUACCGGGGAGAGACUCAUCCCUCAAUCCAACGGCAGCCCCGGCCUGACAGAUUUCCAGUCCCGCUUGAAACAAUUUGUGUGUGAAUCAUCUUCCAGCAACUCAGCAGAGGGCCCAGGGUGCAAGCUCUGCCCCUCAGACUGGCGGCUACACUGGGACAAGUGCUACUGGGUGUCUGAAGACAAAAUUUCCUGGAACAAGAGCCGUGAUAACUGUUCAAGGAGGGGCUCCCGACUGCCGGUGAUCCGGGACCAGACUGAGAUGACUUUCAUUCAAAACACUUUCAAAGACAGAAACGGAGCCUGGCUUGGACUUGUUAUUAGAUCCCCCUUGAGAUGGACAUGGAUGAACGGUUCCCCGUUAAAUACAACCCUGCCCAAGGUCAAGAAUCCUCCUAUUGGGAACAACUGCGGGGUGAUAAAAGAAAAUGUCAUUACUUUUGAAAGCUGCGAUGCUGCAUCCAAGUGCAUUUGUGAAAAAGACGCUCUCCAGAUAUAG